GUAAGUACUGUGCAAUGCUUCAAGGAGAACAUGUAAUGAGCUGUUUUCUCCUCAUUGAGGAGUGCCGCUGGCUGACCAACCCCAUCUGUUUUGAUAUGAUUGAAGAAGCCUACAUGACGAAAUGUGGACACAGCUUCUGCUAUAAGUGUAUUCACCAGAGCUUGGAGGAUAAUAACAGAUGUCCCAAAUGCAACUAUGUUGUGGACAACAUAGAUCAUCUUUAUCCCAACUUCCUAGUCAAUGAACUUAUUCUUAAACAAAAGCAGAGAUCUGAGGAGAAAAGACUCAAACUGGACCAUUCAGUGAGUAGCACCAAUGGCCAUAGGUGGCAGAUAAUUCAAGAUUUGCUGGGAACUGAUCAAGACAAUCUUGACUUGGCCAAUGUCAACCUGAUGCUGGAGCUGCUGGUGCAAAAGAAGAAACAGUUGGAAGCAGAGUCCCAUGCUGCCCAAUUGCAGAUCCUUAUGGAAUUUCUCAAAGUUGCCAGGAGAAACAAACGAGAGCAAUUGGAGCAGAUCCAGAAGGAGCUAAGUGUUCUGGAAGAAGAUAUUAAACGAGUAGAGGAAAUGAGUGGCUUGUACUCCCCAGUCAGUGAGGACAGUACGGUGCCGCAGUUUGAAGCUCCCUCACCUUCACACAGUAGUAUUAUUGACUCCACGGAGUAUAGCCAGCCUCCAGGCUUCAGUGGCAGUUCUCAGACCAAAAAGCAGCCGUGGUAUAACAGCACGCUAGCCUCACGACGCAAGCGGCUCACAGCUCAUUUUGAGGACCUAGAGCAGUGCUAUUUUUCCACCAGGAUGACACGUGUCUCGGAUGACAGCAGAACCACAAGCCAGCUGGAUGAGUUUCAGGAGUGUCUAUCCAAGUUCACGCGCUACAAUUCUGUCCGACCCCUGGCAACGCUGUCUUACGCUAGUGACCUCUACAAUGGCUCCAGCAUAGUAUCCAG